AUGGACGGCGAAGGGAUCUCUGACGGUGUACCGGCUGAGAGGAAAGUGGAAACUAGAGUAAAGAAGAAAGGGAGAAAGGUUACAGUUGAGAAAUCUGCAGCUGAAGGCUUACCUGAAGGAUGGAUCAAGAAGAUCAUAAUAACAAACAGACCAGGCCGUAAAGAUAGAAGAGAUCCAUUCUUCAUUGACCCUAAGAGUGAGUAUAUCUUUCAAUCCUUCAAGGACGCAUCACGGUAUGUUGAGACUGGCAAUCUUGGACAUUAUGCACGUAAACUGAAGGAAAGUGAUAUCGAAGAUGAUGAUUCCGGACUUCUUCUGGAGCCUGGAGAUGACUUGUUGCAGAGAAAUGGUAAAGGGAUAAACUUAUUAUCAUCACCUUCUGAUGAACAUUCUGAGAAUUGUAAAGUGAACAUGGUUCUUGAGGAUUUGGGGAACAAGGAAGAGGCGAAAGAUGUUAUCGAGAAGCAGCCUAUAGCAAAACGUGUUACUAGGAGCCAAGCUAAAGCAACUAAGAAGGAAGAAGUAGAUAAUAAUGUGAAAUCCAGACUGAGGAGUGCAAGUUCGCAGAGUCCAGUGAAGAAGAAAGAGGUACGAGAUUCUACUGAGAAACAGAUCACAAGAAGUGAACCUAUAGUGAUGAAAAAGCAGAAGAAGAAGAAGAAGAAGAAGAAGAAGAAUGAGUUGACUAAUAGCGUAGCUCGAAGAACAUCAAAACGAUUAGCUGGUAUUGAGCUUGAACCGACGCCUGAACUGAAGACAAGAGCCAAAUCUCAGCGAAUAGUACCACCUCUGAAUCUUGAUGAUGGUACACCUGGAAAGUGUAAGCAGCCUGUGGAUCUUGCUGUUACCGGUGGUCUGCAAAAUACUGAUAUAAUACCAUUGAAUGAGGAAGUAGCUAGUGAACAGUCAUCUCCAAAACCAGACGUGUGUGUAGAAAUGGAAGUGCAGAUAGAGAAGAUCUGUGAACCAUUAGUAAGCAGAAGUGGCUUUGAAGGAGACAAUAAGGAGAUGAAAACGCCACUGGUGUGGGAACAGAAUCCAGUUUUUCAUCUUGACGGUUACAAGCACAAGGAAGAAAUGUCGCCGGUGUCACCUUUGUCCGGCCAAACUUGUGCAACAAAGCGUGAGAAGACGACAGCAGCAACUGCGAUCUCUCCUUUGAGCAGCAACGUCGGUAGAGGCAACAACAGCUCACAAGUGAUGGAGAAGAAUGCCAAUACCAACUCCAACAGCUUCUCCAGUUCUUCUCCUUCCUCGUCUUCUGCAUUUGACUCAACUCUUGCGGAUCUUUGGAAAGAUCCUUGCAUCGCCUUCGCUAUCAAAACACUGACCGGAGAAGAAUCGCUGACCGCAGCAACAACCUCUUCUGACCCAAAUAACAACAAUCAGGCAAAGCAGAAAGAAGUCGCCGUUUUCUCUCCAGAGACGCUUGGAAACGUUAACACAGGCUCUGCAUAUACGAGCGAGGACAUCUGGAAAGACCCGUGUAUCGAGUUUGCUAUCAAAACACUGACUGGCGCUAUCCCGAUCGAACCAGAUGCUCGGUUUAAACCAAGAACAUCAGCAGCGAUGCAAGAACAUGGAGGUAGGCAAAGAAAGUAG